AGCGCCACUCGCUCCCCAGCGUCAACGGCAGACCGUCAGAACAACAAAGGUUUUGGCAGGCUCGCAUCAGCUGUUUUGUUUUUUUGUAUUUUAUUUUUUUGCAAGUACUUUUGAAUUGACAUGAAGGCGGAAGGCAAAGUCCCCCUUAGGAGACACUCUCUUUACCUCCUGAUGCUGCUGCUGCUUCUGUCCCAGCAGGUGUGCUCGGGUCCGUUGGCCUCGCCGGUGCAGAGUCCAUAUUCGGCGCACAAGCGCGUAGCCCGUAUGAGCCCGCUGUGGAGGAUCAUGAACAGCAAACCUUUUGGUGCUUUUUGCCAGAACAACUACGAAUGCUCCACUGGACUCUGCAGGAUGGGACACUGCUCCACCCACCAGCGACCACCCUCGGAGCCCCUCAACGACUAGACGCCCCCGAGGCCAACCCAAGGACCAAUGUUCUACUCAAAAUGAGACCGAAGUAUUGCGUUCACAAUUCAUGCUUAGUCCACUUGUGAUUCAUCCAUAUUUUAUUUAUUACACCACGUUUCACUCAUUGCACAUCAAGCUACACGAUUUUUGCAAUGCUUUUUUUCGCAUGAUUAUUAUUCUCCGAAAAAUUUGCACGUGGAUGUGGUGCACUUUUGAUGACAAAAUGCACUUUUAAAAAGCCAAAAUAUCUUUGUACUGUCUGCUGUCUGCUCGGUUGCAGCUUCAAUAAAACACAAACUCACUGAGGUGAUGUGGGAAAGUGAGUGUUGCUAUUGUCUCAA